UUAAAAAUAUGCUUUGUUGUUGUGUACAAACAAGUACAAGGUUCGCAUAAAAUGAAAGCUAUGCAGUAGAAAGUUUUUGAAAUUAAAACAAUUUCAUUCAAGAAAAUUGCGUGGCUUUGAAUUUAUGGUGCUGAAGUUGUGAUAUUUUAUAAAAGUCAAAAAUAAUAAUUAAAAAAAUGACGAAUAUCGGUCAUUUGCUGCACUGUGUGUCUAAACAAAUAAAAAGCUCUGAACGUGAUGCACUUAUCAGCUCUUUUCUUGCAAAAGCAACGGAAACAGAAAAUGUUAAGCCAGAUCACUGCGCUAUAAGGCGUGUUGAGCGUUUGGAAAAGGAAGCUUUUGCGUUUUUUGCGCAAGCUUUGCAUAUCUAUCAAGCCGACGAAUGGAUGUUAUCGUUUAACGGCGGCAAAGAUUGCACUGUGCUGCUGGAUUUAUUACAGGCUUUCUUCAAACGCAACAAAUGCAUCAGUCAUGUACGCGUGCCAGUAUUGUAUAUUGAAUCGGACGACAGUUUUGAAGAGGUCGAAGCUGUGGUGUUGGAUUGCGAAAGACGCUAUAAUAUAGAGUUAAUAAGACAUAAAGGCUGUAUAAAGGAUGUGCUGACGCAAGUGCUCGCAGAAAGACCCGAGAUACGUGCUGUAUUCAUGGGUAGCAGACGCACAGAUCCAUAUUGUGAGAACUUGAAUGCCAUGCAGGUUACCGAUGUGGGUUGGCCAAGUGUAAUGCGUAUAAGCCCACUGCUCGACUGGAGCUACAGAGAUAUUUGGUAUUAUACAUUUGUGCGUCAAGUACCCUACUGCCGACUAUAUGAGCAGGGCUACACAUCGUUGGGACAAAAACAUAAUACAAUGCCAAAUCCUCAUUUACGCAUGUUUGAUCCGAUCACGAGAGCUGUUACGUAUAAACAUGCUGCUGAACUGACGGAUGCUGAAUUUGAACGCGCUGGCCGUACUAAAAAAGAUUAUGUGGAGAGUUGUGAAAAAGAGCUGGAGCAGGAAAACGCAGAAGCGGCGGUAGCAAAAUAGCAUAAAAAUUAGGAAUUUAGUACUUAGAUAAUAGCUAAAUUUUAAACAACGUGAUAAAUUCGGUAAAUUCAAUUUAUAUAAAAUCUUGAUACAAAGUUAUAUAUAUGUACACUAUGAAACAUAGUGUUUACAUUUUUGCAAAUUCCACAUGAGUCCUAGUAAAUAUAAAUAUUAUAAAUAUAAUUUAUAACUGUAUAUAGUGUCAAUCACCAAGCAAAAAUUAAGAAUUUUUGUAAAACGCUACACAAAUGCAAACAAUUUUAUGAAUUUCGCUUAAGACGCUUUGCAUGAUUAAUAACUUUCGCUUGGCGAUUAAAAAAACUGUUUUAUAAGAAUUUGCACUUAUAUUACAAUUUUAUUAGUUAACUUGCUGAAAAUAUUUAUAUGAAAUU